AACCAAGUCAUGCUUAUCUUAUGGCUUCCUUACGAGCUGCUCGAACAACAUGUCGCGGGAAUUCCUUGCAUCGGCCGUGCUCACACGACGCGCGGCCGACCAUUCAAUCAACUGCAGCAAUGGUGUUAGGUCGCGCUCGCUGGCAACUUUGUGGCGGCAGCGGUCGCACAGCGGUUGCAUCUAGGCCGCCUGUGGCUGCUGCUGGCGCUGCCUCCGGCCCCGGUGUCAGCAGUCCGGACGCGGCCGUGGGGGCGCCUGCUGCCGGUCUGCCGGCGCCACGCACCGGGCGCUCCGUGUGGUACGGGCCCGACCUCGCGUCCCGGCAGCAGGAAUGGACCCUGGAGCUUUCAGAAGCUGACGUUGCAGAGGUGGAGGCGGCGGUUGCGCAGGUGUUGGCGCAGGAGGAGGCGGCCGGGCGGGACCCCACCCGCCGCCUGGCUCAACUCACACCCGAGGACUUCCCACUGCCCUCACUGGCGCCCCGGCUGCAGGCUCUGCGCGAGGAACUGCUCCGCGGCCGCGGCUUCGCACUGCUGCGGCGGCUGCCCGUGGAGCGCUACAGCCGCAUGCAGGCCGCUGCGUCCUUCAUGGGCCUGGGCGCGCACCUGGGCAGUGCCAGGUCGCAGAACGGCGCGGGCCACGUGCUGGGCCACGUGACCGACCUGGGGCUCAGCAGCUCCGACCCUUCGGUGCGAAUCUACCAGACACGCGAGCGGCAGACGUUCCACACAGACAGCUGCGACGUGGUGGGUCUGCUGUGUCUGCGCGAGGCCGCCCGCGGUGGCGACAGCCUGCUGGUGUCGGCCGACACACUGUUCAACGAGAUGAGGCGGCGCUGUCCGGAGCUGCUGGCACGCCUGCUCGUGCCCAUGCCGCACGACCGGCGCGGCGAGGUGCCUGAGGGUCAGCAGCCCUGGUUCGACAUUCCCGUCUUCAGCUGGCACAACGACGAGGUGACGGUGUUCUACCAGCGCCAGUACUUUGACAGCGCGCAGCGCUUCCCCGCCGCCCGCCGCCUGAGCCCUGCUGACGUGGCGGCGCUGGACGCGCUGGACGCGCUGGCCAAUGACGCCCAGCUGCACCUGAGCAUGCGGCUGGCACCCGGGGACAUGCAGUUCGUGCACAACCACAACAUGCUGCACGACCGCACCGGCUUCCAGGACUGGCCGGAGCCGGAGCGCCGCCGCCACCUGCUGCGGCUUUGGCUGGCGGUGCCCGGGGCGAGGGAGCUGCCGCCCGUGUUCGCGGCCAGGUAUGGAUCUCUGGAGGUUGGCAACCGCGGCGGCAUCAUUGUGCCAGGCACGCAGCUGCAGGUGCCCUUGCAGCCGGCACAGUCUGCUGCGCAGUAAGGGCGAGUUUGGAGGUGGCGCGACAGUACCUACCGUUUUCGGUUGCUCACUUGGGUGUGCCUGUAAGCACAGAUGAUAGAAGCAUGUGUGGCUGGGAUUCACUACAUCUUGAAUUGUGCUAGAAAGAGGGGCACUGUUAAAGGCCCGAAUAGUGAGCUCCGCCUGGGCAAGUCACGGAAUUUGUGUAUGGUGCGGCGGUUUGCAGGACGGUUUCUAGCGCGCCUCUACUGGGCAGAUCGCCAGGAAUAGAAGUGGCUACGCUAAACGAGAUGGAUAAGAUUAUCAAAGCCUCGCGGUGAUGUGUUUCAUUGAUUGAUGGAAUGGGUUCUGUGGUUAGGGAGCAGUCAUCAUAAAACUUUGGUGGGUUCGACCAAUACGGUACCCCACGCUAGUUUCCCUGCCGCAGCCAGCUGUACUAUGCUAAGGGCAAUCGCUCCCAUUAAAAGCUCGACUUCAUGUAUUCUGUCGCAAUAC